AUGCGUAGGGCCAGGAACAACUUCAGGAGCUGCUCAGCUCCUUUUGCUCACCAUACGCGUGUUCUGGACGAAAGCACAAAUGAUUCAUGGUUCCAGGCUGGUGACAUUGGGGGAGUGCCAGAAAUAGGAAGAGAAGUGUCUGCACUGGUCCUAGUGGCUAUUCUGUGGGGAGGGACAAACCCAUUUUUGAAGACGGGGACAGAGGGACUGGAGAAGGUGAAGAAAGGGAACCGGGUGCCGCAGCUGCUUGCAGAGAUGAAAUUCCUGUGCCUCAAUUACAAGUACAUGGUGCCAUUUCUGUUUAAUCAAUGUGGAUCAAUAAUCUAUUAUCUCACGUUAGCAUCCACAGACCUGUCCCUGGCGGUGCCCCUCUGUAACUCUCUGGCUUUGAUAGUCACGGUACUAACUGGGAAGAUGCUUGGAGAAGAUAUUGGUGGUAAAAGAGCUGUGGUAGGAAUGCUGCUUACUGCCCUGGGAGUUGCUCUGUGCAUAGCUGGUUCUAUGAAUGAGCAGGAGUGAGCGACAGUGAAAGAAGAAAGGAUUGUGUGGAAGGGAAUGCCCUUGUUCGGGGAUGGGUACCCCUGCCUCUCUGGCUCCAAAUCAGUAUCCAGUGGCAUGGUCUAAAUCCAAGGCAAUGUGGAAGGGUGAAUUUUGAUAUCUAAGGAAGGAGGUUUCUGAAAACAGUAGUUGGAAUCUUUGCCUUUCCAAAGCUGAGGUCUUGCUCUGUUGGGGCACUAGGCCUCGAAUAUUGGCAUUUGAGCCCCCACUACUUAUUUUAGAUACAGAACCCCCUGCAAAGAAAACUACCCUGAUCUUCCUCUGCCCUCCUUCUGUGUCUCCCAAGGUUUCACGCUGCCGGAGACCAUGGUGCAAUCUACUUGUAUUGUACCUCCCAGUUCUUGACACAUUGACAUCCCCAACCACACAGCGAGGGAUUUGGAAUCAGUUUACUGUGUACAAAAAAAGUCAGCAACUGUGUUGCAGAGAAGAGUCCUCUCCUUGCUCAACAGUACAUUUUAAAAUCUGAACAAAAAAUCUUCAUAUAUUAAUCAGGGGAAUAUC